UGAAUUUGAAAAUGUUUUUUGUGAGCUGUCAAUUUCAGAAAAUAUAUCAGAUGUGUUUCAAAGUUAAACGAAGGUGUAAAGUUAAACGGUUCAACGGAGUACAUUGGAAAAUUCAGCCGGAAAACUCAACGUCAUAGUACAGAAUAUAAAUUCCAUUACUGGCACCAUUCAAUUUAAUUUAUUUAAUCAUCAUGAGAUCAAAUCCAAGACAAACAGAUUGGCAUUUUGGGAAAGAUGAAAAUAUCAAUAAAUCAAUGAUGAAUUCAAGAAAUUUAGUAACAAUUAUUAAGUUGAUAAUGGCGUCGUAUAGCUACUAAAUAUUUGGAAAGCACCCGUAGUGGGUGUUAACAUAGAAUUGCCAGCUGGUGGUAUUGGUUAUUUAAAGAAUGUUAGAACAUCAGACACCAACGUUGUUACCACCGGCAUUGAAUAACAGUAGCUGCUGGCCUGGGGCUUCUGGAAAAUUAAUGUGGAUAACACCGGGACCUGGACAAUUGAUAAGAGCAGCACUUAUACUUAUCCUUAGUGUUGGCAUUUUAUGUGCUAAUCUACUUGUUAUUUGUGUUAUCAAUAGUCGUCGAUAUAGCAAAUACAUUCAUGCUCAGCCAAAAUAUUUGUUGACUAGUUUAGCUAGUAAUGAUUUAGCUAUCGGUGUUCUUGUCACUCCAUUUGGUUUUUUACCAGCAAUUUAUGGCUGUUGGCCUUUCGGAGAAGUCGUUUGUCAAAUUCAAGCACUUUUACGUGGUGCACUUACUCAACAAAGUGCUGUUAUCCUUGUCUGUAUGGCGAUCGAUCGUUAUGUUUGUAUGUUACAUCCCCAUCGUUAUCAUCGGCAUUCUUCAAAAAAGUAUUUUAUGAGACAGGGUUGUAUGGCAGUUAUCUCGACAACGUGGAUUGCUAGUGUGGCCAUUUUUGGAUGUCUCGUUUUGCCCAGUGGAGGAUAUUAUUUUAAUAGUUCUGGACUAUUGGCUUGUGAUCCAUUUUUUGCUCGAGCGUCGUUUAGAAUAUUAGCCUGUUGCUGUUUUUAUUUUCCCACGACGAUGGUCUUAAUGUACUGUUACGGAUCAGCUUUCCACGUUAAUAAACUACAACUCAAGAGGGUUGUUUGUGUCAACACACCAGAGGUCGUGAGUGGUGGUAAUAUCGAAAGGCUCGUUGCUCACGAGAGACGACUAUCAACAUCGGCAUCUCGAACAAUGGCAGCAAUGAGUCUGGGCUUUAUCGUAAUGGUUACACCAUGGACCAUACAGGAAGUAGUGGUUGCAUGUACCGGAAGUAAACCACCACCAUUUCUUGACUUCCUUGCCACGUGGCUUGCACUUUCAAAUAGCUUUUGGAAUCCAUUCCUUUACUGGCUACUCAACAAUCAUUUCCGACGUAUCUCUCGUGAAAUUAUUUAUACUAACAUUUUAUGUAGACAAAAACCAUUGGGUCCAAAAAAAAAUUGUUGUGCUACUAGUACUGGAGGCUUAGACGUUUGUAGUAUUGGAGGAUUUGAUAUGUCAGGUGUAGAUCGAUGCUCUAUAGAUCGUUGCUCAAUGGCAAGAUGUUCCAAUUCAUCAUUAGCAACACCACCAUUACCAUGGGAAUCGAAUUACUCAAGUAUCGAUAACGAUAUAUGCAUAACGUGAGGAAAAGAUGCUGCCACGCAAACAGAGGAUUUCGGAUUCUCUGAUGAUUGUAGUUAAUACUUUGUGUGGCAGCAUCGUAUUAUUGAUACUAUUAUCAGCCAUUUUCAUUCAAUUUUCACACUGAAUAUGCAUUUAAAACCAGUAUUACCUAACAAUGAUGCAUAUUUCUAUGAAAUUAAAAUUAAAAAAAAAAGAAUGAAACAUAAUAUAGUCUUUGAUAUUUAAAAUCGAUAUGAUGAUGAGUCUGUUAGUUAUUAGACUUUUGGUAGUUUUGUAAUGACAACCAUAAAUAGUAAUAUUUUUAUCAACAAUUGUUUUAAAAAUAUUAAAUUUUUUUAAUCGACAUUAGUUGAGAACCUCAAUGACCGGACUAAACAUACCAGGUAAUGAAAUUAAUUAUAUAUCAAACAAUAGAAACAAUUGUUAUAAAAAAUUACUUUGAUAGUCUGAGAGAUAAUAAACAUAAAAAAUAUAACUAUUAUUCAUAAUAAAUAACGUAAA